AUGUUAUUCAAAUCGUUAAUUAGUUUAGCCAUUGCUUUAAAUUCAUUGAUAAUCCCAGUAUCAGCCACUUUCAAUCCUCAAUCAAAUUCAAAUGUGGCAGUUUAUUGGGGACAAAAUUCAGGUUUAUCACAAGUUGGUUUAGCCAACUAUUGUCAAGAUGAAUCUGUUGAUAUUGUGGUAUUAUCAUUCAUGGACGCCUUUCCAACUACAUUAGAUAUUAAUUUUGCUAAUGCUUGUGGAGGUGCAACUAAUUCUGAAGGAUUAUUAAUUUGUCCUCAAAUUGCUAGUGAUAUUCAAACUUGUCAAAAUUUAGGUGUUAAAGUAUUACUUUCAUUAGGUGGUGCCUCUGGUGCUUAUGGUUUUACAUCUGAUUCUCAAGCUACUGCUUUCGCCAGUACUUUAUGGGAUUUCUUUGGUAAUAGUCAAGUUCAAGCUCCAACCAAUAGACCAUUUGGAAGUGUGGUGGUUGAUGGGUUUGAUUUUGAUAUUGAAAAUAAUAAUCCAACUGGUUAUGCUGCUUUAGCAACUGAAUUAAGAACUAUUUUCGCUACUGAUACUUCUAAAGAUUAUUAUCUUUCUGCUGCUCCUCAAUGUCCUUAUCCUGAUGCUUCAGUUGGUGAUGCCUUAGCUAAUUCUGAUUUUGAUUUUGCUUUCAUUCAAUUUUAUAAUAAUUAUUGUAAUUUAGGAGGAUCAGAAUUCAAUUGGGAUACUUGGGUUAAUUUUGCUGAAAAUGUAUCUCCAAAUAAAGAUAUUAAACUUUAUGUUGGUUUACCUGCUAGUUCUACUGCUGCUGGUUCAGGAUAUAUUCCAUCUAGUGAAGUUUUAGAAAACCUUCUUGCUGCUGAUGUAUUCUCAAGUCCUUACUUAGGUGGUAUCUCAUUAUGGGAUGCUUCUCAAGCUUGGAAUAAUGUGGUUGAUGGUGAAAAUUUUGCUGAUCAAAUGAAAGAAAUCUUAGUUGAUAAUGUUCCAGCUGAAGUUGGAACUACUAGUAGUACUACAACUGUUAGUCCAACUACAACUAGUAUUGAAACUACUACUAGUAGUACUUCUACUACUAGUACUACCUCAACUACUUCAACCACACCAACUACUACUAGUACAACUAGUACAACACCAACUACAACCAGUACUACUACUACUUCAACAACUUCAACUACCCCAACCACUACUAGUACCACCAGUACUACUUCAACAACUAGUGCUGAUACAACCACCACCAGUACUACCAGUACCGAAGAAGAUACCACUAGCUCCUCCAGUACUUUCCCAACUUUAGUUGUUACAACUGAAACCUCUAAUACUGCUACAACAGUAACCACAUACACACUUCCAGCUACUACAAAUUACGAAGAAGCUCCAUUUACAUCAACCAGUAUUGUAACUGCUGCUCCUUCUACUAAAUAUAUAGUAGCAACUGUAAGUGCUAAACCAUGGUGGUGGUUUUAA